UCUCUGCUAUGUUAGUUUGUGCAACCGAGAAGGUGCAUCGUCCAGGAACUGUUUCCGGUCUGAUCUUUACUGUGGGACAUGUUGGGGCAAGUACUGUCGGUAAAAUGGAGUAUAAAUUAAACUAUAUUAGUAGUACACGUUUUGUCCAGUUACGUCACUCAUAAAUUAUUGUUUUCUAGCGUAUCUUACAGUAGCCGCCAGAAUGUUUAGUCUUAAACGCGUACUAUCUGUUGGAGGCAUCGUUGUCCCUCAAAGCACCGCCCACUGUGUGAGAAACUUAUCAGCAUGUUUUCGCCUAAGAUCCCCCAAAAAGCUCAGCCCAUACAGCUCCGUUGACGGCGAGCGCUACUCCUCUCUUGUGAAGUCCGUCAUGUCCUUCAGGGUCAGCGCCCAAACCCCUGAAACCCUCCAAGACGAAGACGAAAACGUGUAUGGACCUGUUGUCAAAGCUCAUUCCUCCACCUCGAGACCAGAAAGGAGGGUUCCCCAAACUCCGCAUCCCUUCUUUGACACUGAAGCGACUGUGGACACAGAGGAGCCAGAGUCAGGAACUCCAGCCCGGAUUUUGCUAAAAAGGAAUCAGAGCAAGCCUUAUGUGCCGAGUGUGACCCGUAUUCUUCAGCAGACCCUCUCACCGGAGCAGACCUUCUACUUGGAACGAUGGAAGAAGAGGAUGAUCGCAGAGCUUGGAGAGGAUGGAUUUAAGGAAUACAGUCAGAAUCUAUUUAGGCAAGGGAAGGCUUUCCACUCAGCCUUGGAGGAUAUUCUGACUUCUGGUGCAAAGUGGGAGGACAAAAAGCCACCAGCGUGUCCACCUGAAGUGCAGGGAUACAUAGAGAGCGUUUCCCACAUACUGGAGGAUGUCAGUGCAGUGAGAGCUAUUGAGAGCACUGUACAACAUGACACCCUGAACUAUGUGGGAAUCGUGGAUUGUGUCGCUCGCUACAGAGGUGUGCUAUGUGUUAUUGACUGGAAGACUUCAGAUAAGCCCAAACCAUUCCUGAGCAACACAUAUGACAACCCUAUUCAAGUGGCAGCCUACGCUGGGGCUUUGAACAACGAUGGCAACUACAAAUACCAGGUGGAAAAUGGACUCAUUGUUGUAGCCUACAAGGAUGGCACACCUGGCCAUGCUCAUCAGCUGAGCUCAGAGAUGAUGCUGGGGUACUGGCAAACUUGGUUGCUCCGCCUUGAAGACUUCACACAAAGAUCCAGUCGUGCAUCUGGUGAUUUUUCACAAAAGGUGUGAGGUCCAUGCUCAUGUGCAGGAGGAGGCUAAAACAAUAGUUUUUCACAUUCAGAGUUUCUGAAAUUACCGUUUUGUACUUAUUUCUUAAUUUUCUGUGCAACAAUUUGCUCAUAUUCCACAAGUUACUUGUGUAGCUUUAUAAGUGCUUCAAAUGAUAAUUGAAUGCCCCCCAUGUUUCUCUGUAUGAGGGGUCGUGUGUGAAGCCAAGGCUUUUGAAGAGCUUAUAUGAGACCAUGUUCUCCUCCUCUAUAAAGCAGUACACAGGAUAGUCCUGAGCUUGGAGUCUCUUGGCCAAAGUAACGAUCACAGCUUUAGCGUAGCCUUUCCCUCUGUGCUCUGGGAGCGUGUACAACAUCCCCAUGGAACAGGACGCAUAGGUCAGAAUCCAGGACACAGGUCUUCCCUCCGCAUCCAGCACACAGCAUGAUGGGAAGUUUGUAACCAUGUUGCGGAUCAUCCUGAUGGCGUGAUUACUAUUUCCAAACUUCCAGUUUCGAUUUAUCAAGGCAAUGUGUGAUUCAUCCAGGGAGCUCAAGGAGAUCCCUGAGCUGAUGCAGAAGACAGCAGAAUGAUGAACUGGAAUAAGCACUUGUUUCAUAUUGGAACAAAUACAUCACUGUACAAUAAGCUCUACUGUACCUGUCUAUGGUGGGAAGCCUGGACACAUCCUCCAUCGUCAUUAUGCGACACAGAGAGAGUUUUUUGGUGGGCACAUUCAUUUCUGACGCCACUGCAUUAAAUACCUCCAUUUGGUGAACAUUGAGUCCUUGCACAGAAGUAAUGAAGUUAUUUUAGUAUUAAAAUUCUAUUUACAGAAUUAUAGAAGCUUGGUGAUUUUUUUAGAUAUAUGCACUGUUUUAACAAGUCAUUAGUAAUUUAAUAAAAUAUUGUCAAUGUUUCCUA